AUGGCCAACCAAAGUCAGCAAGACCCCAACCUCGGAUUGGUCUUUCUCAAGCCCGAACCUCAAACCUCAGUGACGCUCCAGUGUGGCGACAAGACCUUUGUCUUCAACAAGGCCAUACUCACGCAGCACUCCGAAUUCUUCGCCGCCGGUCUGAAGGACGCCACCGCCGCCGAGUGCGAAGCAAACACCAUAACAUUCAACGACAUCGAACCCGAGCAUCUGGAUGCAUACCUACAAUUCGUCUACUGCAGAUCUGUCAGCGAGAGUCUGCUCAAGGAGCGGAUCGAGGCCCUGGGCGAGCACAAGAAACUCGUCUUCCUCGUCAAAGUCUGGCAGGUCUCCGAUCGCUUCCAGUCCAAGGCCCUUUGCACCGCGCUCGGAGCUCAAAUCGCAAAACUCGGAUAUGAUCGGGAAUAUUCGAAUCAAAACGAUCGAGAAUGGUGGGUUAACAACGUCAAAGCUGCUUUCGAGGCAUUCGACGAGCAUGCCGACAGCCAGGUGAAGCUUCGCGGCCAGGUGGUCAAGCAGUUCAUUCUCGACUUUCCGUCUGAGCAUCUCCAUUCUGUUCUCGGCCUGGCCGACCUCAGCCUGUCGUUCAUUCGCGAGCUGUGGAAGGCCCUGUCCGCCCAAGCCUUCGAUACGGAAAAGCAGCUUCGCGAUACGAAGACGAAGGUUCAGAACUUUCAACAGAGGGUUAUGAUAUUAGAGCGCGAUAUUAAAGAUUGGCGCCAUCGAGUCGGCGAGCUAGAGGACAAGGUGCAAGAGUUGGAAGAAGACAGGGAUUACUGA